AUGCCUCAUCCAACCCCAUCCAGCACUUGUCCUCCUGCAUUCACCACCACCCACGCGCCCUCACAGCAGCCCUCGUCGCCAUCCAGCCUGACCUUUGUGCCCGACGAGCUGUGCGUGAAGAACAGUGCCCGUGAAGAUUCGUCUUCGCCACGUGAACACCAGCGAACCAAGCACGACAGCCUUACCACACAAGACUCGGCGAGCCGAUCUGCCGGCGUCAUAACCAGCGUCCACCUAAAUCGUCCCGGCCCAUCACCCGCCGCUGCUGUUGCUGCUGCUGCCUCUCAGCGCCAAACCUCUCAGCAUCUUCGCUUGACUUCGCUGGGCCGUAUUACUCCUGCUUGCGAGUCUCUCGAGUCGCCCACACGCUCUUCGUCCCGCCUGUCGCAGGAGUCGUUGUCUUCGCUCGACUACCACCCCCGUCGCCCCGGCCUCGACGACAAGCGAAUCUCGCUAAACACCUUCCUCUCGGCCACAACUCCUCCCUGGUCUGCAGAAGAAAUCAACGCCAGACAAAAGAUGCAUCAAACUUCGUCCCGUCUGCUGCGUCAGACCGACGAUGACCGUCCGUUCACCAGAGUAAGUCUGCUUUCCGCCAUUGUUUCGAUAAACUUCCCCACUCACACUGCGCUUGUGUAG